AUGUUGAACAAUUCACGGAAAACCAGCUUCAAGCUGGUCGCCAUAACGUUGUUAGUAAUUUUUCAAAAAAGUGAAUCAAGAGUUGUUUUCUCCGGAUUUUCGGUGAGAACGGCUUCAGAGGACCUUAGUGUCGCAGCUGCUGAACCUAGACCUAUAUUCGAAGAGGUUGCGCUUCCAUUAAUAUCGGAAAAAGAUGUAGUUAGUGAGGCAAGUGAAAAAGUGGAAAAAAUACUGCAGAAGCCUAUGGCGUUCUCUUAUAGAAAAUCUGUGCCAACGGCACUGCCAGAUGCAGAAGUUAAAGAAUCUCGUAUCGAUCAGGUGGACCAGAAACCCGAUUCUGUGGAUUAUUACAAAUAUCUCAAAAGAGUCGAGUCGGAAAACGAAAAUGAUGGAGCAAACGAAGAAAUUCGCCCAAAGAUCCUAACUGAUGGCGAUAAUGUUAAUCACGAUGAGCAUCGAGAAGACAGUGAAGAUUUGACAGCUACUCGUAGUCAGUCGAAUUUAGAAGACGAAGAUGAUCAUCAAGCCUUAAGAAACGAUGAGGCUGAGCGUGACCUGGAAAACGAAAAUGAGGAUGUGGAAUAUCAGGUUGAAAACUAUGAGGUACAGGAAAAAAGCCACGAAGGCGCAGGAAAAGGACAUGGCGGAAAGGGUAAACAUGGAGGCAGUAACCAUGGUGGUGGCGGGCAUGGGGGUGGUGGACAUGGAGGAAGCAACCAUGGAGGUAGUGGUCAUAAAGGAAGUGGCCAUGAGGGUGGUGGAUCUGGUCAUGGAGGAAGUGGCCAUGGGGGCGGUAGUCAUGGAGGAAGCGGUCAUGGAGGUGGCGGUCAUGGUGGAGGCGGUCAUGGAGGUGGUGGCCAUGGGGGCGGUGGUCAUGGAGGAAGUGGUCAUGGGACUGGUGGUCACGGAGGAAGCAGCCAUGGGGGUGGUAGUCAUGGAGGUGGUGGAAAAGGCGGGAGCGGUCAUGGCGGUGGUGAUCAUGGCGGAAGUGGUAGUCAUGGAGGCGGAGGUCAUGAAGGAGGCGAUUCUGGUGAUGGGACAUUUGAGAAGGGUGGUGGCAAGGAAUACCAUUCCGAACACGAGGGAUCCCACGGAGAAAAGAGCGAAAAGGGUUAUGAAGGACAUCAUCAUGAUGAAAAAGGAAGUGAAGGGUAUCACGACAAAGAACAUCACCAAAGCGAACACGAAGAAAUGGGAGGUCUUAAAGAGGAACACCACCAUGAAGAUGGAUACGAUAGCGAGAAGCAUCAUGAAGAAAAAGGGGAGAAGGGAUCAAAGUUUCACGAAGAAGGUGAACAUUCCAAAGGACACAGUACAAAGGGAGAACAUAAUAUACGUAAAAAGGAAGAGUAUGAGAAGAAACAGGAAUUUUUCGAUGAAGACGGCGAUGAAGGAGAUUUUGAAAAACAUGGAGAAUAUUACCAUGAAGAUGGCUUCCAUAAAGGAGGUUUUGAAAAAGGCGGAACUAAAAAUGGAGGAGAAGAAAAAAGUCUCUACGGAAAGAAGCACCAUCACGAAAAAGGAGGGCACUAUAAGGAUGUUAAAGGACACAAAGAUGGUUCAGGUCAUGACUCACAUCAUGAUCACGUUACCAAGCAUGGAAAGAAAGAAACUCAUUCCGGAGGCAAGAAAUGGGGGUACAAAGAAGGUACUGGUGAUGGUGGACAUGGGGGAGGAGGAGGGGGGCAUAAACAUGGGGGAGGAGGAGGUGGACAUGGGCAUGCCGGUGGAGGUAGUGGACAUGGGGGAGGAGGAAGUGAACAUGGGCAUGCCGGUGGAGGUAGUGGACAUGGCCAAGGAGGAGGUAGUGGUCAUGGUAAAGGAGGUGGCGGACAUGGACAUGGCGGAGGCCAUGAGGGUGGUAGUGGAGGAAAUCAUGGUGGACACAAGCACAGCUCAGGAGGAAGUGGAAAAUAUUCCGUACAUGAAAAAGCUGAAGAAAACAUACCAAGUGAACAUAUUGAAUCUCUUACUUCUCUCGAUGAUUACAAAGAUGACAUUCAAGAAGAUCUCUUGGAUGAUGUAAAUGAAAGUGAAAUAAAUACCGAAGAGAAAGAAAGUGGUAGUAUUCAAGAGGAGGCCGAACCAAAUUCUGUUAAAGAAGAAAGUACCGCUCUUGAAAGCAACGAUGAAGAUUAUGAGGAGGGACAUGAAAGCAGAGGUUCGAAAGUGAUAGCUGAGAGAAAUCACUUGAAGAAAUUGAAACCAGAUGCUUCAGAUAAUGAAGCACUUGAAGAUGAGAAUUUUGAAGUGAGUGAUGCAGGUGAAAUAACGAAAGAUGAGCAAGGUGCCUAUAAAAAAUAUCUUCUCGGUGAUUAUAAAACUCGCAGAAGCCCAAACGUCCAAAGAAGUAAACCUAAGUCAAUAAGCAACUCUGAACAGGAGGCAGAAUCUCGAAUUGUUGCACAAGCUGAUAAGAACCCGGAUAGUCAGGCUUCCGAUGGUCUUGUUCAAUACACUAAAGGCAAAAUGGAUCCCAUAAUUGUAGCAGACUUCAAUAACGAUGCUGAUAUUUGAAAACUGAAAUUGUUUUAUAACAAGUGACCAAAAUGUGAUGAUAUUGUUUUAUGUU